GAAUCGAACACGAUGUCGAACAAGAUUGCCAUCCUUCUGGCUCUUCUAGUAGCGGUAGUUGCUUGCGUUCAGGCACAAGCCUCUCUACGGCAUCGAUUCGUCAGACCAUUUCCACGCUUCCUGCCCGAACCACAGCCUGGCGUUGGACCCCGCAUCGUAGGUGGGUUCGAAAUCGACGUGUCGGAGACUCCUUACCAAGUGUCGCUACAAUAUCACCACCAACACGUCUGCGGAGGUUCGGUUCUAUCCAACAAAUGGGUCCUGACGGCAGCACACUGCACUAACGUUACGCUUGCUUCAAGCUUCACCGUGCGCCUAGGAUCUUCCAAGCACGCGUCCGGUGGACAGGUGGCACACGUGGCACGAAUUGUACGACACCCAAACUAUCGCCAGAACACAACGGAUUACGAUUACUCGCUGCUGGAGCUGGAAGAUGCGGUCACCUUUAGUAACGUGAUACAACCGAUCACGCUUCCUAACCAAGAUGAAACUGUGUUGGAUGGUACCAUGGCGAUCGUAUCGGGAUGGGGAAAUACACAAAAUAUUGCCGAAUCGAACGCUACUCUACGAGCGGUCAAUGUACCGACCAUUAACCAACAGGAAUGUGACAAGUCUUACGAGCGUUUUGGAGGGGUAACUGAUCGUAUGCUGUGCGCCGGAUAUCAGCAGGGUGAAAAGGACGCUUGCCAGGGAGACUCUGGUGGUCCGCUCGUUGCUGACGGAAAACUGAUAGGUGUGGUUUCAUGGGGAUUCGGCUGUGCUAAGGCUGACUAUCCGGGUGUGUUCUCGCGAGUAGCCUAUGUUCGCGACUGGGUUCGUGAGAAGAGCGGAGUGUAG